AAGCGAUCGGCUCAAACUUUUGCGCGGCUCUCCUGUUUUCCCCGUGCCGACGCCGCAGCCUGAGCCAUGAUCUGUGAGGCUGCCUCCGUGUUUGGCAACAACUUGUUUGGCAUGUGGCUGAUCUUGACGGUGCUGGGCCUCAGCAGCUGUCUCUCCAUGAGCAGCUUGGCCUUCGCCAAGCUCUACUGGAAUCCCAGCUACGAGGUGUGGAAGUUCAAGAGCAACCCAAAGUUCCCGAAGCCGGAGAACGUCCGCACCGAGGUCCUGCUUACCAUCAAGUGCAUCUCUCUCUCCACCAUGCUGCCCGCUCUGUCUCUGUACCUCGCGGCUCAGGGCAGGAGCCAGGCCUUCUGCGGCUGGGGCGGCAGGUCUCUCACCUGGCACGUGGCCUCUGCUUUCGUGCUGGUGCUGGGUAUCGACUUCUUCGAGUGGGGGUACCACUACAUGGGUCACCAGAUUCCGUCCAUGUGGAAGCAGCACAAGAGCCACCACAAGUUCUUCAAUCCCACUCCCUUUUCGGUCAUCGCGGACGAGGCGGUGGACCAGCUCAUGCGCACCGCGCCCAUGCUGCUCUCAGUCGUGUUCCCGAUCAACAUGGACGUGCUGUUCGGCCUCUUCGCGGUGAUGUUCUACGCCUAUGGCGUGUAUCUGCACUCAGGCUACGAGAUGGCCUGGCCGGAUGCCCACCACCCGAUCAUUAACACUUCCUUCCAGCACUACCUUCACCAUGCGGAGGGUGCCGUUGGCAAGCCCCGCCACACGGGCUUCUUCAUCAAGAUCUGGGACCAAAUGGUGGGCGGCGACAGCACGGCUCACAUGCUGGCGAGUGGGAAGUGCUCUUGCUCCAAGUGCAGCCGCGAGCGCGGCGAGCGCAGUCUCGAAGCCUUCAAGAAGGUGGAGAAGGUGGACUACUCCUGCCUUCUGACUCCCGGCUUUUGGCUCCAGGCCUUUGCUUAGGACGCCUGCGCAUGGCAAAAGCACUUGCGCUCUGAAUGAGAUCGCACGGCCGCGGUUGAAGCCUUUUGGCCGGACGUCCCGGUCAGCCGCCAAAAGCGACGUGCCAAAAGUCAUUGCCAGACCGGACA